ACCACCCCUCUCUUUCCCCCCCUGUCCCCAUCUGCACCCGCCCCAGGGCAGGCCGCCAUCCAUGCGCAGGCUAGCCCAUCGCGGCAGGCGGCCAUCGGCGGCCACACCCCCUCACCCUCCCAGCUGCCCCAUUCUCACACUCCUCACCCACAGCAGGGGGCGGUCACACGGCAGCCACUGAUUGGACAGUUUGCCCAACCCCACACAGGUCGCCGGAAGAAGGGCAAGGGCAAGGGGACACCCGGGGCAGCCCGGCGCUCGGAGCAGCCGGACACGACUCCACCCUCUGCUGGCGCGCAGCCCUUACCAGCCACCACCCCUCAGGCGACCCCAUCAUUGCCCCCGGCCUGCCACCCACUGCCCUCCCAUAACCAGGAUGGCGAGCUUCGGACGGUCUCCCUCCCUCGCCCCACCCAGGCCUCACUCCCCUGUCACCCCCCCAUCCCGCCCCUGGCCCCCCACCAGACAGUCGCCGCCGAUGCCCCAUCCGCGAUGGAAAUCGAACCGGCGGUGGAAGAGGGGUCGCUAGCCUCUCGCAAGCAAGCCUAUAUCCCCCCCCAGCGUCGGUCCCCACCACCCGCUUCUUUGUCCCCCUCCGGUCCACAACCUCCGACCCAGGCCAGGUCCCACGGUGGUUCGCCCACCACGACCAACCAGCCUGCCCUGCUCCCCCUACCCACAGGCGGACAACAUCUCCCAUGCCCCCCCUUCCCCCCCGUCCACCGCCCUCACACCGGAGCGCAUGGUGAUCGAUGACUCCGACGCGGCCCCCGACCACCCCCUCUGCCCAGACGCAUCCACUGCUCCAGCUGCCCACACCCCAGCUCCUACGUCCCCCGGCGAGGCCACUGAGCUAGCCUGCCAUCCAGACGCAUGCCCCGCCCUAGCCACUGUCCCCUUGGUCGUACCAUCCUCACCCACGCCCGCGCAUCCCGCCGUCGCUCCUCCCCCCCGGCCAUUGCCUUGCCCGCCCCAGACGCACGGCCCGCCCCCCACUUGGGCCACCGACCUCGGACAGGGGCCCAUCGAAGAGGCGGUCGUCGGCGCUGAUAGCUCGGAGAGCACGAUGCCAGUCCCCCCGCACGACACAGCGGUGCCGACAGGAGGACUAGCGGUCACGUGUCCUACCUGCCGGAGCACCUUGGUGAGCAGCCACGCUCUUGCUCUCCAUGCACCCCAUUGCCAGCCCGCCGAUGCUCUACGCAGGGCGGAGGCCCUGCAGGAUGCCACCUCUUCCCCUCCCUCAUUCAGCGAGCCACGCGCCUCCGUCGUCACAUUCUCGGACGUCCAGUGGUCGUCCUUGGAUGCGGUCGAUUGGACGGAUUAUUUCUCACCGAGACGCAUGCAUGCUCGCCCGCUCCGGCGUAUCCCGCCGAGGGUUCGCGGGGGGUACGUGGAUGUCCUCUGCGCGAUCUUGCAGCGCAUCAGCCAGCACCCCAGGGCGGGCGGGCCGACGUUUCUGCUGUUGGCCAUCCCGACCCUCCUCCUCACGCCCGCUACACCACCUGCACGAUCACAU